CCCCGUCCCGUCCCUCCCCUCCGCGCCCCGCGGCUCGUGUGACCGGAGCGGCGGGAGUCGGUCCGCGCCCGUCUGGGAGGCCCUGAGCCCGCACCGCCACCGCCUCCGGCACCGCCGGCCGCGCGCGCGGGGAGGGACGGACGGAGGGAGGGUGGGAGGAAGGGAGGCGAGGCGGCCUCCCGGGUGUCCGGCACCAUGAGCAUCGAGAUCCCGCCGGGCCUGACCGAGCUGCUGCAGGGCUACACGGUGGAGGUGCUGCGGCACCGGCCGUCCGACCUGCUGGGCUUCGCCGCCGAGUACUUCGCCCGCCUGCGGGAUGCCCGCGACCAGGAGGCGGGCGGCGGCCGCAGGGUGGUCAGCUUCGACGGGGAGCCCAUGCAGACCGAGUCCAACGGCGACGAGGAGCCCGACCGCGGCGACGACGAGUCCGACUCCGACUUCGAGCCUCCAGUUGUUAACCGAUACAACAGAAGAGUAUCAGUUUGUGCUGAAGCUUUCAAUCCAGAUGAAGAGGAAGAAGAUACAGAACAAAGGGUAGUUCAUCCAAAAACUGAUGAACAGCGAUGCAGACUGCAGGAAGCAUGCAAAGAUAUCCUGCUCUUCAAAAACCUAGAUCAGGAGCAGCUAUCUCAGGUCCUUGAUGCCAUGUUUGAGAGGAAGGUGAAACCUCAGGAACAUGUGAUUGACCAAGGUGAUGAUGGAGAUAACUUCUAUGUCGUUGAGCGAGGAUUGUAUGAUAUUGUUGUAGCAAAAGACAACCAGUCUCGCUGUGUGGGCCGCUACGACAACCACGGCAGUUUUGGGGAGCUGGCAUUGAUGUACAACACUCCUAGAGCUGCCACCAUUGUUGCCACAACAGAAGGAGCCCUUUGGGGACUGGAUCGAGUGACGUUCAGAAGAAUUAUACUGAAAAACAACGCAAAGAAGAGGAAGACGUAUGAAUUAUUUAUUGAGUCUGUGCCCCUUCUUAAAUCCUUGGAGGCAUCAGAGCGAAUGAAGAUAGUGGAUGUUAUAGGAGAGAAGGUGUAUCAAGAUGGGGAGCGUAUAAUUUCUCAGGGUGACAAAGCAGACUGUUUUUACAUUGUAGAAUCUGGAGAAGUAAAAAUCCUGAUUAAAAGCAAGACCAUGACAAGUAAAGAAGCUAACCAAGAAGUGGAGAUUGCCCGGUGUCACAGAGGGCAGUACUUCGGAGAGCUUGCACUUGUCACCAACAAACCCAGAGCAGCUUCUGCCUAUGCUGUUGGGGAGGUCAAAUGUUUAGUCAUGGAUGUGCAAGCAUUUGAGAGGUUGCUUGGACCCUGCAUGGACAUUAUGAAGAGGAAUAUAACACAUUACGAGGAGCAGCUGGUGGCAAUGUUUGGCUCUAGCAUGGACCUGAUGGAUCCAGGGAAUUAGGCACAGGGUACCUCAAUGCCUUCUUAGUUCAAGACACAGAAAAGCCUCCUAUCAGCAACACAACUCACAAGGACAACGGACACUAUGGAACAGUUACUGCUGCUGUUUUCUUGGGCAUUUUAGAAACCAUAAACAAGUCUCAGCACAGAUGGAUUGCUCACUCCUCCCUGCCUCCACUUUGCUGCUGAUACUUCAUUAUUAGACCUAGAUUAAAGAUGAUUCUAACCCUAUGUUCACUUACUUGGUUCAGAAUGGCGUCUGUCCAACAGUUCAAGUGCCUGAUACGAAACCCAAAGUGUGCAAGACAUUGAAGCCUCCUUCCUUCUGGGUGUCACUGUUGGGGUAAAUUGUCCCAUCAGAUUCUGUAGUGGGAGGUUGCCUGUUCUGCAGAGGCAGCCUGUGGAAUACACGCCUGCUAUGGGCUGAUUACCUUCAUCUGAUGCUUUCCUUACACAAUGUCCAAUUUGCUUUUAAUUGUAGCAUCUGGGUUUGAAGUUAAAGUAUCAAUGGAGCCAGUGAAUAAGAUGGCACUGAAGUUUUGGUCCACCUGCUGAAAGCAGCAGGUAAUAAAUGUAGAGAACUCUUUAAACCAAGUAAACUGAGCUGGGGACAUGGGAGAGUCUGCUUAGCAACCAGAUGCAGAAAACGUAUUUUAAGUGUUUUCUGAGCAGCAAAGAAAAUUGGUUUACUCUAUGCUGUCCAACAAAGUGCAGUGGUUCAGAUCAAAUGGCCUGAAAGUGUCAUAAUUGUCAUCUCCCCAAAUUUGCUCCUCGUUCCUGACACUGAGUACAUUUUAUGGUGGUGAGAUAACAAUAUAUGACCUUCUCUUACUUACAAAGAUCCUUUAUACUGCUACAUUUCCCAGGGUGCAGUUGUUGACUGGGUCAGUUUUAAAGCUUUUUAAGGAGGUGAAUGUUUUGUAAUUUAAAUGAAGACUACUUCUGUACUUGUUUACAGGAGCUUCCCCUAGUCCUAACAUUUCACAGUAUUUUAACUUCAUUAGACACUUGAAUGCUUCCAAAUACCACGUUGAUUUGCUAAACUUUUUCAAAAGUUGGCAACAUUUGACUUUGUAAAGCAAAUGUCUGCUAACUACGCAGUUGGUGUGUUUGAGGAGUCUUUUGGUUUAGGUGAUAACUAAGCUAAUGAUGUUUAUCUAAAAUACCUGUUAAAUUUGCAGCAUUUAUUAGGUAGAUUCUGUUUCUAUAGCUUUAAGGACCUUAAUUGGCAUAUGGCUGAGAUUUUAUCAGGGUAUUAUCUAAAUAAGAAUCAGACCAUGAGAAGGACGUUUUUAUGGUGUUCAAACUGACUAUAUAUAUAUAUAAGACAUUGAAUUUGGAGGUAAUAAAUCUAGUGACCCUUUGAGUUUGCAUUCUUCCACAGCUCAUGCAAAACAUAUUGGUGUUUUAUGGGGUUAUAAAAUUUUAAUAGUGAAUUCUAGUGUAACAGAACUUGCUCUUUUUAUUCAUGGCCAUGUAAGCAAGAAUGGAAGGAUGCUAAUCUUAAAUUCCUGCUUUUAGUUAUCACAGUGGACAUUUCUCUAAGGCAUGAGAUGCUUAGCAGCAACUCUAAGUUGAUUUCUGGAUGGUCUUUUCCCCAUAGUGGAUGAGCUCCUCCCAUUUCCUGCAAUAUGAGUAAGAUGGAAAGUUGAUAAAUUUGAAUGACUGUUGUCCAGUUACUGUAAUUGCAGUCAUAUUUUUAUAUAAUGCAAAUGAUUUGUAAUGGACACCACUGAACUUGGUGUUUCCAUAUUAUUAAAGUUCUGGUCGUGAUGUCUA